AUGGGAGGCAAUAAUAGGGAUUGGAUGUGGAGGAUGAAAUAUGGAAAAGAGAGGGAAUUUGAGGGUAUUUUAGGUUCUGGGUUUGCUUUAAAGGUACAACACAAGCAAAGGCAAAAACAUUUCAGUCGUCAGAUUCCUGCUGCUGCCACCCUUAUACAGUGUGCCUGGAGGCUAUAUGCAUCAAAUCAGGAUGGCUUCAAAUCAGAAGCCACAUGGAAAAUCCACUUAGCGCCCCCAACACCCAGCUUGCAACAAUCCGUGCCUAACCAAAUAUCAGGGGUCAUGAACUCCGUCAAACCUCACCUCGCGUUGAAGCGGCGGAAAAGCUCCAAGCUAAGCCUCAAGGAGGCGCUCCUGCCGACAACGCUCCUCGAACUGUGCGAGCAGCCGACGUCGGCUCCGAACCAGAAUUCAAAUUCCAAUGCCUCCUCUCCGCCGGCGGAUAAGAUAUCGCCGUUGAUCGCCGGUGGGGUUGCCUGUAACUUGGCCGGGUCGGUGGCAGUGGCGGCAGCGGGUGCCGGCGGUGACAUGGUUUGCUACAUGGAAGAACCAACUGCAGGAAAUCCCAAUAGGAAAAGAGCGGUAGAGUUGUCGGUCUCAGACAGCUCGCAGAAAACGAUGAGAAUGGGAGAUAUUAUUUGCCUUGAUGCCCACGACGAGAGUGAUAACUAUAGCCUUCCCUAUGUGCCUGAAACAAUAACCACACUCACAGAUGCCCAUAAAAAUGCAAUUCGUGCAAUAAGAAAAAUUAGGUAUUUUGUCGCGAGGAGAAAAUUCCAGCAAGCUAGAAAACCAUACGAUGUCAGAGAUGUCAUAGAGCAGUACUCACAGGGCCACCUAAACAUGAUGGUCCGAAUCAAAGAAUUACAGAGAAGAAUCGAUACUACGUUAGGAAAACCAGGAUCAAUGCUUUUUGGAGACAGAAAGCGGCAAACAGUUGUUGCAAGGGUUGCUGUAGUAGAACAAAAUAUGCAAUUGAUGGAUCGGAAGCUGGACAAGUGUAUGCAACUCUUGAAUAUCCUGGUUGACCGAACCACACCCCAACCCGUGAGGAGACCAAAGCCUUCCAGUAAGACAACAACGUCAUCAUCUUCCUCAGAGGAUGAAGAUGAGGAGGAUAGUUCUAGACGGGCAGCGAGCGGUAGCACUGAUACGUAAAGGGAGAUGCCUUCAACAUCCCGGAUAGGCAGUUUCUCAGGUUUUGCAGUUUGACCAUUCCAUACGUAGAUGUUUGAAUGGAGUGCCUCAUUACUUGCAGAUGCUGUCUUCAAGGGAAAUGGCUUGGAGGUUGCUGCUAGACAGAAGCUCAGGUUGAACAGGAUGGGAUGUACUUUUCCAAAAUGUCAGAUCAGUGAAGAUCGCUGUGACUCCAGCUCUUGCAGAUGCUGUCUUCAAGGAAAAUAGCUUAACGGUACCAGCUAGAGAAAAGCUUAGGUUUAUACCACUCGAAGCUGUUUAGUGAAGAUCAGUUUGGUCCCAUUUUCCAGAUACUGUCUUCGAGGAAAGUGGCUUGAAGGUUCCCGUUAGAUGGUGGCUCAAUUAAGUGAAGCCAGGGUCCCAUCUCUUGCAGAUGCUGUCUUUUUGAGGAAUGGCGUAAAGGUUGCAGCUAGACACAAGCCAGAGUUUUGCGGAUGGGUGUACAACCAUAGCUGUCUGGUGAAGAUCGCUUGGGUCCCCGGCAUCUCUUGCUGAUACUGUCUUUGGGGAAAAUGGCUUGAAGGACACAGUUACACAGUAUCUCGCUUUUUGCAGUUGGGAUAUGUUCUAUCCAUAUCUGUCUGGUGAAGAUUGGUCGCAUCCAAUCUUCUAAUGCUCUCCUCAAGGAAGGCAUGGGUGUCAGUGUUGAACAGUGGAGUGGGCUUUACAGAUAGUGCUGUAUCAGUAUCUGGUAUAGAUCAUAAUCCUUUGCUGAUGCUAUCAUCUCUGAAAACUCAUGUUGACUAUCAAGGGCAAUCUAGGAUUAACACCAAUGUCUAGAUAGAUGGAAGCAUGCAAAAUACCUCCAGAAGCACUUCACAUUCCAAAAGAAUUGUGACUGCUCAACAGUCACUUGCUGUUGGCUGCAGGAUGACCUUGUGAAUUGCUGCUAUUUCCCAUCCUUCAGCCAAGACAGAAAGCUUUUGGAGUACAAAGAACCAUAAUCAGUACACCGCUAGAGGUUUAUACGAUGUCUUCAGAGAAGUUUGUUGUGUGACAGCAACCAAAUAAAUGAUAGGUAGAUAGGAAGCUACAUUAUGCAUAAUUACAGAGUCUCACAUGCAAAUAAAAGAUCUUCAUGGCCUUUAGAGAGUCUUAUGCAUUGCAUGAAUGUAUGUGUAAAUAAAGCCCCAUCUUAUUCACAAUCACUAAGUCAUACAUUCCAUGUUAGGCACCUUGACAAAGUCUGCAGCAAGUAUGCAGGGAAUCUGCAGAGAGAGAGAGAGAGAAAGAGAGAGAGGCUGGACAGAAUUCCUACCGAAAGAUGCGGUGUAGACUUUGUCAUGAAACCUUGAUAGCUUUAAGUGCAGGCACAGAUAAAGGCCAGGAUUGUUUUAAGGAUGUAGCGGCCAUAGCCCAUAGCCACUUGAUGACUAGACAUCUGUUCCUGCAGCAUUUGCUCCAAUCUCGAUGUCUUGUAACACAUACAUGUAGGCCCGUAUUCUGAACUCGGAUUUAAAUUAAACCCUGGUAUAAAGUUGUGGUUUAACUAUGGAGAGCCAAUUGGAGCACAAACCCUCACAGUACACGUUCAAUAUAUUGACUCAUAUGACACCCAAAUUGUUCAUAAUUGUCUGGGAAUGAUAACUGAAGUACAUGUAUUUUUCUUCAUUAUAAAAGCAAAAGGAAACAAAAUAGUAAACAUGAGAAAUAUACAAUAUAAACAGAAAUUUUGAACUUUUGGCUCCCCAUAAUUUUAGCACAGAGUUAGACCGUGGUCUAAGUUAAACCUGACUUCAGAAUACGGGCCAUAGUGUAGGGUUCUUUUGUGGUAAGGUGUUGUUGCAACGUGAGCUGACAUACAUGUAUAUGAUGCAGGUUAAUGUGGAAACUACCGCCUUUGGCUCCUUGUCCUUUUUUGGUGGCAGCAGUGGGAUGCUACAUAGUGGGCAGUGUGAUUAGGGGAGGGUUUCAUGAAGCAUUUGCUCUGAGCCAAUCAGAUGCAAGGAUUUCAGUAGCUUAUAACACUUGACAGUGAAAAUCAUUGACUGUAGAAUUCAGCAAGAUAGCUGUCAAGGAACAUAUGCAUUUCAGAAUGAUACAAAGUUCUUCAUCAAAUUCAAACUAAGUGUUUGAUCAUGUAUUCAAACUGUGUCAUAACUAUUCCAUGACAAUUAGCUUUAUUUUUCAUCAUUCCCCCCAAAAAAAAUUAUGGAUGAAAUUGUGAUCAAACUUACUUGGUGUAAUUGAUUAACAAUGAAUCCAUCAAAGCUCUUUUACAUGCAGGCCAGUUGUCCAGCAAGUUUAAAAAAAGGUACAUAUUUCUUUUAAAAUGUCGAGUCAGCCUACCAUUUAUAUUCAAUCUAUAUAUCAAUUUAUAUCAAAUAUGCAAAUACAUGUAAAUGAUACUUAAACAAAUAAUUGUACUGCAUAAGAUCUGUGGGUUUAUGGGGGGGGGGGGUAGCAAAUGACAAAUAAUAUGUACUUUACAUUUAAUACUGAGCAGAGAAUUUUCUUACAAAAGGAUAAGAGAGUGUUGAUUCUAAAUAAAAUUGUCUGUACUUUCAUUGUAUUUGUUACGUAAUACAAGAAUGAUUUUGAUCACAUUUCUGUGGAGUGCCAUUUGGUAAUGUUUUCCGCUGAGUUUAGGUUUCCUUUAUCCUGACAUUUAUACUUGCAAUAAUUAUUUUUCUUUUCAAUAUUUUGACCAAGGUUCCAACUCAAGUCUUAUUUCAAUUUGGUAUGGCCUUGGAUAUAAAUAUAAUACUAGGGUGCUUAUUAAUAGGACUUAAUAAGAUACAUGUAUGACACAAUGAUAUACAAACCCCAUUUAUGCAUAAGGUACAUGUAUCUUAAUCGUAUUAACUCAAAUUUUCAUGUUCAAGGGUUUGUUAGGAAUAAAACAGAAAAAUCUUGCUUCCAAUUUUUAAGAAUUGAACAAAAACAUUUUGAGAUUAUACCUGCAACAAACGAUGUCUUCUGAGAGAGAAAAAUAAUGAAAAUGAUAAAAUGACAUUUACCUAGCAUUGUUUACUGAAAGGGUUCUUUUGAUUGGUUUGGUUUUAUUUAUGGUAUGAAAAUCACAACAAAAUACAUUAUACAAAAUGUUAAAAUUAAAUAUGUAAGCACUUAAAAAGAUACGGAUGGAUCACUCUAUUCAGAGCCAUUGAUGAAAUGGCUCUGUUCUUCCUAGAGGUCCAAUAGACAAGCAUUCUUUAUUCCAUAGUCACAAAAAUUUACCGGCUUUUUGGUAAUUAAGCUUUCACUUGCUAGGCUGCAAGCUUCGUCAGACCUUUGUCGUAGCAGUCACUGUUGCCGAUGCAGCACGAUGGUCAAUAUGCACUAUCCUCGACGUACGAUCCCAUACUCCGUUGUGCUGCAACAGCGUCAGCUACGACGAAGGUCCGACGAAGCUUGCACAUCCAGCUACCAAGCGAAAGCUUACCAAAAAGCGGGUAAGAUUUCGUGAGUGAGGAAUAAAGAUUUUUCUCAUGUCCAGCAUUGUUUAGCACCGAGUUUUGAAACUUGUUGAAAUGCCCCCCAGGGUGGGAGUGAAAAAAGUGCAUACAUGUAUAUUGUAUGUACAUGUAGGCAAGCCAGGAUCCGAUGCCCUGCCGGGGUAAAAGUAUAUUUGUAAAGCGCUGAGAGACAUCGUUCUGGGCCCCGUCUUACAAAGAGUCACGAUUGAUCCGAUCAAUCGCAACUAUGGACGGCCAGCAACGUUAACAUCUAUUAUGCAUGUUAGUUCAAAAAUAUUUUCUAGCUAUGAUGUAUAUUCAUGCAUUCAUUGUUUUCUUGAAAAUUCACUGCGCUUCUCUUUGCAUACAAAGGACAUUGUGCAAAUAUUUCGUAGAAAAAAUUAUGACACUGAUGGAUUUCCAUAGAGUUACAAUUGAUCGGAUCAAUGGCAACUCUUUGUAAGACGGGGCCCUGAUACAUCAAGCGCUGCAAAAGUGAAUAUUAUUAUUUUUUUUUUUAUCUGCACUUCAUGCAACAUUGCAAACACCAGCAAAGCGUUGCAUUAAUUCAGUAGUAAGAAUAAUCGGGAGUUCCUGCCCAUUUCUAAUUUUUCCUGAUUUUUUUUUCAAGUUUAGUUUUUGUGUUUUUUGAAGAAAUCACCUUACUUUUACCUUUUGGGAAUAAUCUUCAAUUUUAGCUUUUUUUAUUUUGAUUAUCAUAAUGCAAUACUAUAAGCUUGGAAGCUAAAAAAGGUAUUUGUAUGUAUUUAUAUGAGUAGGAAUGAUGGAGAGGAGGGGCAGUGAAAAUGCAUUUAUUGGUAAGAUAUUUGUACAUGAAAAAUAAAUAAUUUGUUUAGAUUGUUCCAGAUUACAUCAGUAUCAAUUUCAUAUAAAGCUGCAACACUAGGAUAAAAAUCAUGCUGUUUGAGUGCUCAGUGGAAUCAAAUUUUGCAUCAUUAUUGUGAGAAUAAGGAUUAUAGUUUGAAGUUAUGUUCUAUGUUUUGUUCAUUGCACACACUUCAAGGUGACUUGAAGUCACACUUAACUUUGUGAAACCACCCCCCCCCCCCUGCAGUAUUGUGAGUGGGCUUAUUAGAAAGAGAUUGCUUACACUCCCAAAAUAAAAUUUUAUGCGUGGUUGCAUUUUGACAGUGAUUCUUGUUUUAGAAGAUGGGAUCCUAGCUAGCUGUUGCAUAAAAGUUACCAUUUUUAUUUUGAUUGGCUGUUGACCAGCGUUACCAUGGUAGUUACCAUUGAAUGGCAAAGUUACCUUUAUAGUAACUUUUAUGCAACUGGAACCUCAUGGACUUUCAGUAAUGAGAUUCGGUGGGGGGGUCACAAAAAGUUAUAACUGAGACUUAAAGUCAUAUGCUCUAAGUGCUAAUGUACCUUUGAUAGCUAGCAUGCAAUUGCAUUGAUUAAUACCUUGCAAAUCUUUCUGCAACGGGCCCCAGGGGCCUAUUGCAGAAAGAGUUGCAAUCAAUCGCAACUUUAAAAAUCAUGUGCAACUUUAAAAAUCAUGCGUAACUUGAUUUUCAACCAAUCAACAACGCGCAUUUGGGACUUGCGAUUGAUAAUUUGACUUGCGUUUAAACGCAACUCUUUCUGCAACGGACCCCAGGUAGCUUGCAUCUUUGUCCAACUCAGCAAUGCAUCUUUAGAAGUUUAAGACUAUAACUUUUAGUCACAUUUAAUUUUUUGUGAGACACCCCUUCCAUGUUAUUCAUAGCUUCUCUGGGCUAGCUUUUAGUAGAAAAGUUAUAUGCUGGUUUAUGAUGAAAGAUACUUUUUUCUUUUUUUAUCAUGUACAUUCCUCUUCGGGACUUAUGCAGCAAUUUGAAACAAUUGUAUCAUAAAAAAGGCAAUAAUGUAAUCAUUUCAACAAUAAUUUGAUUGAAUUUGAUUUAGAUAAUGGUACACCAAAGAUGUUUGCAUUUUUAAUUAGAUUUAACCUGCUUGUAUUUCAUUGCAGAGAGGUGUGGAACAAGUUAAUGUUCAAAUAUUUAUUUGAAUAUUUGUACGAAAAUGGCUGAACUCGAUUUUUUUCAAGUUUGGGGGAAAUUUAUUAAAUAGAAUACUGCAUGUAUUUUUGUAUGAGGACCUUCAUGCAGUGUAAGGUACUACAUGUACUACCACCUUUCUGUUAUAGAAGAUUAUAUUUUUUCCAUAAAUUGUAUAGGUCUGUAUGGAAAUGUGAAAUUUGCAAAGUGCUCUCCCUCAUUUUUGCACUUUUGGAUCGGUCAAGUUCACCCCAGCAAAAAGUUGAAUUGAAUAAAUGGAGAAAAAUCAAACAAGAAUAACACUGCAAUUUUCAUGAAAAUCAUACAUAUACGUGCAAUGAAAAGUAUGAUACUUCGAAAUUCGCCAUCAUCGUAUGCCACUCUAAGUUCAUUGUAUGAUUAGCAGAUUCAUGUACAAUACGAUCACCCUAUGGCUCAUCUAAGAUGAUUGUAGACCAAAAACGGGCAUUAAAGAUAAUUUCCUUGCUGAAUAAUAUUUCUAAAAUCAAAUAAAUUUCCAUCAAAAGUGGUUGUAGUACCUUCUAGAUGUGAAUUCUAUAGCCUACUUCAAUCAGAUGUGAUACUGUAUGUCAAGAGCUCAGGAACAUUUAAAAAAAUUAAAUUCAGACAUGCUGCACAUACAAACACGUCGGCCCGGUAUUCUAGACAGAGGUUUCAAUGGUAACAUCUCACAAUACCAUUGACUAUGCACACUUUUCUACAUCAUUACGCUAUUUCAUCACAUACACUAAUACCGCUUUCAGUAAGUGGAUGGUCCAGACCAACUCCGGGCUAAGUCGCAAACUUUUUAGUUUAUGAAUGCAGCGUGCUAGAAUAGUCCGGGCCAGACCGGUGCUAUUUUGACGUUGCUAUUAGCAGCGCACCAGACAGCACCAUCCAUUAUGUGCUCAAGUAUUUGAAUGGGUGAUCAUAAAAGUAGCGCCGCUCUGGUAUUUACAGAACACUUGUGGUGCGGACCAAAAUAUCAUGAGUUACUGAAAACGGUAUUUAUAUAGAGGGAUCACAUUAAAUGUGCGCUUUUAACAAAGGGCGCUAAAAGAAAGUGUAAUUCAUUCUUUACUUUUUUUCUUGUUAUACAUGUACAUGUAUUUCUAACACAUGAAAUCUGCAUAAGCCAUGGUCCUGUACGAUGGUACAAUUGAUACAUGUACCUCUUAUGAGAAUACCGGGCCUUCAAGUCUCAGAACAGAUCCAAAGUUGUGUGGAAAAACUUGUUCCAUUGUAAUAAUGAAAUUGUGGUUAUAUUACUAGUGUUCUGCGAUAUUAUAAGUUUCAUUAAUAUGUCAUGAGCCAUGUUGGACGAUGUCUGCAUUUUUUUUGCAAAACUUCUGAUUAUGUUGCACAACCUUGUGUUCAUUUGUUUUGAAACCAUUUGAAAGACUUUAUUUGUCUGUAUUCUUUGUGAAAGUUAAAAUCGUUUGCCUCUGCAACAUCAUUGAAUUAUACAAUUGUGAUAUACUAUAGAUUUAUUGUAAUCAGGUGAUUGGCUGAAAUUGGUCAUUUAUCGUGACCGGUCAUUUAUUUAAGUAAUGGCAAGUUUUCUCAUGACUGGUCUCAAACUAGUUCUAUUUACUGAUCGUGGUUAAGACAAGGAUAUGUGGUUUACCAUCAAAUAACAAGGAUCAUUAUCAUAUAAAACAUAAAAUGCACAGGAUUUUGCUCAGGCAUUAGUACGAUUACCCACAUUUGUUACUUUUGAAAUGGUCAAAAAAUACCUUAAAUAUAUAAUUUUUACUAAUGCCCUCAAUUAUGUGUGCCAGUAAUAUAUUUUAUACUAAUGCCUCAUUCAUUUAUAGACAUGUAGUUCAUACACAGAGAUGUUCCUGAACUUUGAGGCGCCAUUAUUAACAGGCUUUGGUAUUUUUAUUAAAUAUGUGAGAAAGAGGUAGAACAACUUCUCUUCAAGUAUUUAUUUGAUUUUAUACUCACGGUAUUGUAUAAAACGUUUUACAUAGAAAUCAUAGUGAUUUUAUGUUUAAGAAAAUUUAGAAGAAUAUGGUACUGGGUAUCAAUAUUAUGAUUGUGAUAUGAUAUUAUAUACGAUACAUUCUGACACAAUAAAUGAAUCUUUCUCAACAAAUAUGAGAUACUUGUGAUCAUGGGUGCUCUUAA